AUGCCCAAACGCAAGCGCGUACCGAACGUGGCCGACGCGCCCGCAGGAAGGCAGGCCCAGAACGACAAAAGGCAUUACCGCCAACGCGCGCACGCGAACCCGUUCUCCGACCAUGCGCUCAGCUACCCCGCCUCCCCUGCCCAGGUCGGCUGGGACGAGCACUACCCCGCCUUCGCCGGCUCGGGGAAAACGCCUGAGUUCGCAGACGUUGGCUGCGGCUUUGGCGGCCUUCUCAUAGCCUUGGCCCCCCUCUUCCCCAACACCCUCAUGCUCGGGAUGGAGAUUCGCGUACAAGUCUCACAAUAUGUCCACGACCGCAUCGUUGCGCUCCGCUCUACGUCCGCGCCGCCCCAGCCCGACUCCGCCGUCCCAGGGCCGUACCAAAACGUCUCCAUCGUGCGCGCCAACUCGAUGAAGUUCAUGCCCAACUACUUCCCCAAGCACUCCCUCUCCGCCCUCUUCUUCCUCUUCCCCGACCCCCACUUCAAGGCCCGCAAGCACAAGGCGCGUAUCAUCUCCCCCACCCUCCUCGCCGAGUACGCGUACAUCCUCCGGCCGGGGGGAUCGUGUACACGAUCACCGACGUCCUUUCCGCUCUUCGAGCCCGUCUCGGAGCAAGCCCUGCGCGACGAAGGAAAAGGACCGAUCGUCGACGCGGUGUACAGCAGCACGGAGGAGGGGAAGAAGGUGGAGCGCAACGAGGGCGAGAAGUGGCUUGCAUGUUUCCGCAGAAUCGAACCGAGACGCGAGUAG